AUGACGUUGUAUAAGAAUCCUCAUCAAGAGCCGCUCGCCAUUGUUGGCAUGGCAUGCAAAUAUGCUGGCUCCAUUGACUCUCCAUCCGACCUACACGAGCGAGUCUUGGCCGCUCGUUCCAUGCAGGGCUCCAUGCCUUCAUCUCGCAUGGACACUUCAUUUUACUACCAUCCGGACGCCGAAGCAGCCGGCAGCACGUACACGAAAGGUGGAUACUUUCUUGACAAGGAUGUGAAUGUAUUCGAUGCACCAUUCUUCCAGUUGUCCGAGUUAGAUGUCUUGGCUAUGGAUCCGCAGCAGAAGAUGCUGUUGGAAAAUGUGUAUCAUGCACUUGAAAAUGCUGGUAUCCCAUUAAAGGAGGCCGUGUCAUCACUAGCCUCUGUUUUUGUUGGAUGUUCAAACAACGAUCAUCUCGCAUUGACCAACGCCGAUUUGUUGAUGUCUCUCAAGGGUAAAGGAACUGGAACCAGUCCAUCCAUUCUUGCGAAUAGAAUCAGUUGGUUUUAUGAUUUCCGAGGCACGAGCCAGACGAUCGAUACCGCGUGCUCAAGUAGUCUCGUCGCAUUUCAUCAAGCGUGCAUGGAUUCCAUUGUCAGCGGCGUCAACCUCAUCGAACAUCCCGCCGCAACCCUCUAUCUUUCGAACCUCGGUGUUCUCUCUCCCGAUGGACGAAGUUGGAGUUUUGACGCAAGAGCAAAUGGAUACGGGCGUGGCGAGGGUCUCGGGACGGUGAUCAUCAAGCCUCUAUACGCCGCUCUACGCGACGGGAACCGCGUUCGAGCCGUGAUCCGAGCCUCCGGUUCCAACCAAGAUGGAAGAACGCCAGGGAUCACUGUUCCUAGCGUGGCUGCGCAAGCGCAACUUAUUCGCAAUGUUUACAAAUCUGCUGAUCUUGACCCCUCGCAAACAGGGUAUGUCGAGGCCCACGGAACCGGAACCCAGGUUGGCGACCCCUUGGAGGUACAGGCUAUUGUGUCAGCCCUGGCUGACCAACCUCGCGACACGCCGCUUUAUGUCGGGUCUGUUAAAUCAGUCGUCGGUCAUCUGGAAGGAGGAGCUGGAUUGGCGGGUCUCAUUUCUGCUACUCUGGCGGUGGAAUCGAAAACCGUUCCGCCUGUCGCUGGCCUGAAGACAUUGAACCCUCGAAUCGUGCAGCGAGAUGAUCUAAAGUUUGCACGACAGGCUACGCCGUGGCCUAGAGACAAUGUUCGCCGCGCGUCUAUUAACUCAUUUGGGUUCGGCGGUACGAAUGCACAUGUUGUACUCGACGAUGUUGAGGGGUUUUUAAAUGAGUUUCUUGGCUCCCAUUUGACGGGAACAUUGCAGGUGAUAGGCCCUUCAUCGACGACCUCAAGACAAGUGCAUGUCCAUGCAAUCAAUGGCAUCAAGCCUGUCUCCAAUGGCCAUGUGAAUGGUGUGAAUGGUGCAAAUGGCGUUUCUCACUCUAGUUGGAUUCCAGAGAACCGAGUUUUCAUUCUGUCAGCAUUUGAUGAAGCUGGUUUGGACCGGAAUGCCGCGUCUAUGAUAUCCCAUCUCGGAUCGCUAAAUUUCCAAGGAGACUCAGAUAUGGAAGAAGGUUACAUUAAUGAUCUGUGUCACACGAUAAACGAGAAGCGUACACGAUUUGACUGGCGCAGCUACCAUGUCGCUGACACUGUCGAGAACCUACAAAAGUCGCUUCAGAAUGUCCGUCCACUUCGUCGGUCAGCAGCACCAAAAACAAUCCGGUUCGUUUUCACGGGCCAGGGCGCUAAUUGGGCUGGUAUGGCUCAAGACCUGAUGGUGUAUCCGCUAUUUCAAAGACGUAUCCAUGAAGCUGCGUUGUUUCUGAGGAACAUUGGAUGCCAGUGGGAUCUUUACGACCGGAUAACCUCACAACACGGUGACCUCAAUGAGCCUACCUUUGCGCAGUCAUCCUGUGUUGCCGUGCAGAUUGCGUUGGUGGACCUGCUGCAUAGUUGGAAGAUCACGCCAUCAACGGUGGUGGGUCAUUCUUCUGGAGAAAUUGCAGCGGCUUACUGCGCAGGGAAGAUCUCACGCCAGACAGGAUGGAAGGUUGCCUACUGUCGAGGUCAGGUUUGUGCAAAGCAGACACACGAAGAUGGCUGCAUGCUUGCUGCGGCUAUGCCUGCAGAAGAACUGGAACGACUGGUAGCCCGCGUAAAUAAAGGUCUAUCAUCUGCGGUUCAGAUCGGAUGUUACAACAGUCCCAAGAACUUGACCCUGACAGGCACACAUGAGGGAGUCCUUCGUGUCAAAGGAGAAUUAGACGACGCGGGUGUGCUAAAUCGCUUGCUUCCCGUCAAGGUAGCAUAUCAUUCCGUCUUCAUGCGCGAAGUCGCUCCAGAAUAUCUUGAGCUUCUGGGAGAUCUGGAUUUCGGUGAGAAAAUCAACCAGGAAGCGGGUGUCACCAUGAUAUCCUCAGUUACCGGUCGACCUGCACUUGCCGGUGAGGUUGAGAAUCCUUCAUACUGGGUCGACAAUUUGGUUUCGCCUGUCCGUUUCUCCACUGCGCUCCUCGCAUCAAUGAGAAAUCCGAACACGUCCGGCUCCCAAGAAGAUGCACUUAUUGAAAUCGGGCCGCACUCGACCCUUCGCAGCGCCAUAAACGAGACGCUUGCAAAUCAUCCUGAGCUGCAGCCAUUCCAUUACGGAAGUCUUCUCAAGCGAUAUAAGACCGACGGAACAACAAUUCUGCACACCUUUGGCAUGCUGGCUUGUUAUGGCCAUGAGAUCAACUGUGUUGCCCUUAAUGAUCGCCGAUCGGGAACCAAGAAAGUUGCCAAAAUCCUUAAUGAUCUCCCGCCAUACGAAUUUGACCACUCAAGAUCCGUCCGUGGCCAGACACGAAGAAUAGAACACAUUAAAUUCCCGGCCUACAAACGUCACGAGCUUCUCGGAAUGCCAGUUGAAGACACAAAUACAUUCGAGCAGCGAUGGAGGAACAUAUUGAGACCGGACGAUAUCACAUGGCUGCGCAUGAACAGAGUGAGUCGACAUUACCAAAUCUUCGAUGUAGCUAACACCACCCAGAUGAAAGGAAAUAUUCAUUUUCCCGGCGUCGCCUAUCUUUUGAUGGCGAUGGAAGCCGCCGUUCAGCGGGCUGGGGAGUCAGAGUCGAUCACCGGCGUCAGGUUAGGCAAUGUGUCUAUGUUGGCUCCUCUGCCUGUUUCGGACACCCCAGAAGGGGUCGAAAUCAUCUCUUCAAUCUACCCAAUGAACGCUUCGGCCAAUGGCAGAGAUGACUGGUGCACCUUCAGAAUCAUCUCGCAUGAUGCUGCUGACAAUGCUUGGAUCGAGCACUGCGUUGGCUCAGUUCGUAUAGAGACGAGUGAACAGAAAGCAUCCCCCUGUCCCGUGAAGAAGGAAUCUCUAUUAACUUGCGAGAAAAGCGUCGACAUCGACCAAAUGUAUCAACGCUUUGGCGCGGCGGGUAUGGAUUUUGGAGAAUUCUUGAGGAACAUCCAAGAUAUGAAACUUUCCGCCGACCAUAAAGCCUGCACAGCAACUAUCGCGACGCCAGAUAUCCCAAAGACAGCUCAUGAUCGAUAUAUUAUUCACCCGUGCACGUUUGAAAGCAUCUUGCACGUACUUUUAUAUCUUUGCGAAGCCACAAGUAGUCCCAUGGUAACGAACUACAUUGAAGAGGUUUUUAUAUCAUUUCCAUCCUACCAAGCAGACCCUAAGUUCCAGGCCUUAGCUGCAACGAACAGGACAUCUUCCACAACUUGGAAGUCAGACGUGUUAAUCACUGCGGAAGAUGGAAACCAGGAAAUAUCAAUCAAAGGCUUGGAUUUGGUGCAACUUCCUCCGAGUGACACCGAAUCGUCGGAAGCUGAGUCGUUUUAUGUUGUGAAAUGGAAGCCAGAUGUUCACCUUGUUGCGUCGGUACAAGCUCUACGGGAUGCAGCUCCCGUUGAGGUACAUCAGCGUCUUCCGAAUUUCGACGAUCAUGAGGGAUUCCAACUCGCUUCGGCGGUCUUUCUGCUUGACACCAUGGACUACGUUGAGCGAGAAGGAUUGCCAUCUCUUCCAGACCAUCACAAAGCUUUCAUGGACUGGAUGCAGCGGGAAUGUGAACUCAUCGCGGAAUCAUCAGUUCCUUAUGUUGACAGAGCGCUGCUUGAAGGCAUUCGCGAGAGUCCAUCUCGACGCAAGGACCUGUUCGAUCGAGUAGCUAGCAAAAGCGCACGAGGUGAACUUCUCGUACGCGUUGGCCUGCAGAUGAUUCCCAUCUUAGAGCAAAAGCUCGAUUGCUUGGACGUGAUGUUUGGGGAAGAUGACCUCAUGGAUCGAACGUACGAGGAAGGUCUUCCCGGUAACAUCGCCUCUACGGUCGCUGGCUACGUGCAUUGCCUUGCUCAUAGUCGUACGGAUCUCAAGGUCCUGGAAGUCGGCGCUGGUACUGGCAGUGCCACGAAGGUAAUUCUGGACAGCUUAAUGCCAACAGCUCGACUGGAUGGAGGAGGCCUUGUCUCGUCUGUCUCUACGUACCAUUUCACAGACAUAUCAGCAGCCUUCUUUGAGAAUGCGAUCCAACGGUUCCCGGACUGGGCGGGCAUUCUCCGUCCACAUGUACUGAACAUUGAAAAGGAUCCGGCGGCCCAGGGGUUUGAACUUGGAUCUUAUGAUCUAGUCAUUGCCACACAUGUCCUUCAUGCAACUGCCGACCUCGCCGUAUGUUUGAACAAUGUCAAGAAGCUACUCAAAGAUGGUGGUGACCUCAUUUUGAUCGAAAAUAUCAAACCCGAACUAUUGUGCUCGCCCCUUGGAUUCGGCUUGCUCCCAGGAUGGUGGCGCAGUGUUGAGCCCUACCGGCAGUUGAAUCCUUUGAUCAACGAGGAUGGAUGGCUUGCGGAACUACAUAAUGCAGGUCUUCAACCUCGGCUACUAAUCAAAGACACAGACGACCAGGUCAACGAAAUUUCUGCCUUCGUUGCAGCAAACGUACCAUCAGGCCUUCCCACGAAAUGUCUCUUCAGCCUAAUCUACUCAUCCAACUAUCCUGGGCAAUAUGACCUAGCUUGCAAGAUCGCGGACGGGAUGACAUCGGAAGCACGCACUAUCAUUCUAGUUGACCUGAUCGAUGUUUCGAUUCAUCACACCGACACGAUUGGAAUUAUCUUACUCGGCUACCAGGGCUUAGACCUCUCUAAGCUCUCAAGCGCAGAGUUUGAGAAAGUCCAGUACAUCCUUGGCUCCUUCACCAACCUCCUCUGGGUUUCCCGUGAUGUUGAUGAAACACCCAAGUCUGCCAUGGCCACCGGGCUUGUUCGCACAGCUCGCUGGGAACGGGAUCAUGACUGCAUCAACUUCCUCAUGCUCGAAAUCAAGCAACGGCCUGGCGAUAUGCAAGGAGUCCUCUCCAAUAUUACUCGGGUAUGCGACCACGCUUUCACAUCAGAGGCCCUUGUGCCGCGCAACGCAGAAUACCGUCUACAAGACGGGAUUCUGCUCACCAACCGUUUGUUCCCGGCCCCAGGGAUCAAUGAGUGUAUCGAUUCCGGGUCUAGGUCACGGUCCAAACUAGUUGAGCUCGGACAUGUCACACACCCGAUCACGCUCACCUCGGUUGGCCCUCAUCAACCGAACGGUUUCCACUUCAUUGAGGAUGAAGACUAUAAACGGCCUCUUCAUCCACAUGAGGUGCAAAUUGAAGUCCGCGCUGUAGGUAUCGAUGAGGAAGAUGUUGACAAAUUCAGCCGCUCCAUUCCAGGUGAGAGCCUUGGCUGGCAGGGCGCAGGCAUCGUUGUCGGUCUUGGCGCCGCCGUACAAGGUCUCCAGAUUGGCGAUGCUGCCAUGGCGUUGCGCACCUCGAGCGGAGCCUUCCAAACAUUCUUUCGCGUUCAUUCUGCUGCUGUCGUGAAAGUACCAGCCGGCACCAGCUUCGCCGAAGCCGCUGCGCUCCCAGUCACAUUCUCCACUGCAUAUCACUGUCUCGCCAAUGUUGCCAGGAUACAGAAAGAAGACAAAGUCCUCAUUCAUCAAGCGUCUGGGGGUAUUGGGCUAGCGGCGGUGCAAAUUGCUCAAUCUCUUGAAGCCACUAUCUAUUGCACAGUUUCAGACGACUCCCAGAGACAACGUAUACUCGAUAUGGGAAUUCCUUCUACCCAGGUGUUUGGCACAGAAUCGUGGAAGACGGAACAUUGUGCCGUCGCAAACAGUGACAGAGUCGAUGUCAUUCUCAACCUCAGCCCACGUGGAAUUGAAAGCAAAGACCUGAAUUGUCUCUCCUCUUUUGGACACCUGAUAGAUCUGCACGGGCACGGUAUUCUCGGUCCUGUAUCCGCUUCAACAUCGAACAGGACCUACUCUAUUGUUGAUAUCCGUUCUAUGGCCCUUCAAAAUCCGAAGGCGAUCCAGGACACACUCCAAAGUUUAGCAACACUUCUGGCGCAGCAGAAGGUCCGGCCUCUUUCGCCAACUAAGUUCGGAUUUUCCGGUCUUUCGAAUGUCCUUUCAGAGAUCCGGCAAGGGAUCCCCGGGCCUUGGGUUCUUGAGCCACGACCGACGGAUUUGAUACCUGUCGUUAUCAACCCACUAGGAGGACACACCUUUGACCCGAACGCGUCAUAUGUCCUUGUGGGCGGCUUCGGUGGUAUAGGCCGGAGCGUCGCUCGAUGGAUGGUAACUCGUGGCGCGAAGAACUUCAUUUUCGUCUCACGAUCAGGCGCCAGCAGUGAUCCCGCCAAGCAACUAUACACGGAGCUUCUGGCUUCUGGCUGUGGCGUGUCUGAUCUAUGUUGCGAUAUAACCAACAAAGAAGCUGUGGUUAAGGCGAUCAGCAGCUGCCAGACAACCAUGCCUCCGAUCAAGGGAUGCAUGCAAUGCUCCAUGGUCCUUGAGGACUCCAUGCUCAGCAACAUGACUCACACACAGUUCCUCUCCGCCAUCACCCCCAAGGUGCAAGGCACAAUUAACCUCGCCUCUGCGCUCUCCAGUUCCCCACUCGACUUCUUGAUCUUCCUGUCCUCAUCAGCCGGCAUAAUAGGCAACCGCGGCCAAGCCAACUACUCAGCUGCCAACGCCUUCCUAGACGCUUUCGCCGCCUCCCUCGUCCAGAAAGGAUACCCCGCCACCUCGAUCAGUCUCGGCAGCGUCCUCUCCGUCGGCUGGGUCGCCGAAAACCAAGACCGCCUCCCAAUCGCCCUCUCCUACGGCGCUAUCCCCGAAUCCCUCCUCCUCUCCAUCCUGGAAUACCACAUGGAUCCACGUUGGUGCGCUGCCCAAAGCCCAGACACAUGCCAUACCGUCGCGGGAAUUCGCUCUGCGAAAGACUUCCAUCGUCAGUCAAUCCCAUUGCCGGGCUUCAUGGCCUAUCCGCUGUUCUCGCCGCUCCGUGCAAUAGCCAAUUCCUCUGGUGCUGAGAAAGAGGAGGUUGAGGUUCCGGUAACACAGGCGCUUAGAUCUGCGCGCUCCACACCAGCAGCGGUAGAGGUUGUUACGAGGGCGAUUGUUAUGAAGUUAGCGCGUGUGAUGGCAAUCUCGGCGAAGGAGAUUGAUCCGGCGAGGACGUUGGCUUCGUACGGGGUUGAUUCGUUGGUGACGGUUGAUUUGAAAGCGUGGUUUAAGAGAGAUGUCGGGGUUAAUAUUACGUCGGCGGAUUUGUUAGGGGAUGUUUCUAUUCAGGGGUUGGCGGAGAAGGUUGCUGGGACAAGUGAGUUUUUGUCGCUUCGGGAGUAG